AUGAGUAUGUCCGAGGAACCAACCGAAACAAAAGCGGAACGGUUGACUCAGGCUCGGAAAAAAUUACGAGAUUAUCAGUCUAAACGUCGCAACAAAAAUUCAGAAUUUAUUAUAUCUCCUUCUCCAAGUGUUUCCAGUAUGAUAGAAAAUAAUGGACGACGAUCUGCCGUCAGCUUACGAUCACGGAGUUUCCCAUCGAUAACGACACAAAGUGCUGCAAAUCAUAAUAUUUCGGAUACUAACAGCAGUGCUCCGAGCAAUGAUUUAAGAGAUAAAUUUCAACAGAAUGGUGCGCCAGAAUUGUGUUCUAACGUACCGGAGGAUCUAGUCGACUUGAAGCAGGAAUGCAUUCGGUUGAGAGAAGAAUUAGCUUUACGUACAGCUGAAAAAGGGCAAUUUUCUUCACAGCUUGCAGAGUUGGUUGGACAUUAUUCACAGAUUCAUGCUGCUUAUACAAAACUCAGCGAGUGUAUCAAAAAUGGCGACCCAAGUGGAUCCGCUUUACAAACGCAGCUUGUUCAUUUGCAAACAGUUUCAUAUGAAUUGCAGCUACGAGUCCUUAAAAUAAUAGUGCUUCAGGCAAUGAGUGUUGUUGUCAAGGAGAAGACAGCUUUACAACAGCAAUUAAGACAAAAAAAUGAAUUAGUCGUGGAUCGAAACAAGCAAAUUUGCAGUCUUUCGAUGGAGGUUCGCGAAAAAACCUCUCAUAUCACAUCGUUGGAGACUGAAAUCAUAACAUUACGCAAAAAAAUCGAUUCGCUGAGUAAUACCGUGCAAAGACAAGUGGAAGAAUCAGAGAAUGGUCGAAAAGAAGUAAUAAACUGGCAAACUAAAAUGCUUCAUAUGCAACAAGAUCGAGACGAUGCUAAGGAACGGUUAAAAAUUUGUAUGAAAGAAGCGGAAGCUGCUCAAGCAGAGCUCGAUGAAGCUCACAAACAGUUACGAAUGAAGGAUAUUUAUCUUCGUCAGUUAGGGGCAUACACGGGUGAGAAUAAUCGACCAGAAGAUGAUGCUCGGAAUCUUGGUG